GUCAUCUGUUACACUUAUUAGUAUUCCAUCAUGAUGAUCUCUGGUAAACAGUGUUUUAAAAGUGGGGGCGGAGUCAAAGCAUGAGUUUGUGUGCCUGUUAAUGCAAGCGCAUGCACACAUUAAGCAGCAUCAGACAAGUUUUUGUGUAACAAACAGAUCAAUACAGCCCGUCUCGAUCCUUUAAACAUGAAUUGAUGAGGCGUGUGUGUUAGCUGAGACUGAGAUGUGAAGAUCAAUCUGAAUUUACACACACACAAAAACACUGUUGACUCCACCGACUGUAACCAUGACAGCACUCAUUACUGUUAUGACAUGACCACCUGAUGUCGCUUGUUAACAUUCUUCAUCUCAUCUUCCUCACUUCCUGCUGUGUGUGUGUUCAUCAGUAAGUGGUGUGUGUUUCUUUGCCGGGAGACGGAUCAGCCGCCUGCAGUGGAUCAAUGCAGGGAACAUCUAUAACUAGUCGUGUGUGUGUGUGUGUGUGUGUGUGUGUGUGUGUGUGUGUGUGUGUGUGUGUGUGUGUGUGUGUGUGUGUGUGUGUGUGUGUGUGUGUGUGUGUGUGUGUGUGUGUGUGUGUGUGUGUGUGUGUGUGUGUGUGUGUGUGUGUGUGUGUGUGUGUGUGUGUGUGUGUGUGUGUGUGUGUGUGUGUGUGUGUGUGUGUGUGUGUGUGUGCAAAAUAAAGAGAUUAAACAUGUAAGUAAAACUUUUUUUUUUAACUUUAUUUCUGCAUUCCUGACUAAAGCACUUCCUGACGAGCUUAGCUUAGCAUAGCGAUGAUGUCAUCCUUGUGUGUUUGAAAGAGCGUUAUUGAUUAGCGCUUCUGCUGUCCCACUAAAUGAAUUAGAUAAGUGUGUGUGUGUGUGUGUGUGUGUGUUGGCCCCCUAGGGCUCAAUGAAGAGGGGAGGCGGGGCCCCAGCAAGUGGGCGGGGUCACUGGACAGCAGUUGCAGAGCCCCCCACACUGAAGAAGAGCAGGGAAAGGACAAGCAGCAAGCCAUGGAGGCAAAGGUGCUUUUACUUUGAAAUCAACCGAUCGCGUCACUUUCAAGCCCAAAAAAGAUGACCUUCGACCUGAUGAGGCUGUGGAUCCUAGGCGUUGUCCUGGUCAGAGCAAUCCGCGGAGCGCGCGUGCUGAGUGGUCAGACGGUGUGUUUGGGCGAGGGCGCGCAGCCCUGCUACAAGAUGGCCUACUUCCACGACGUCUCCAGCCGCGUGGCCUUCAGGGAGGCCGAGCUGGCGUGUCACAUGGACGGCGGCUCGCUGCUCAGCAUUGAAAGUCCCUCCGAGCAGAAAGACAUCGAACACCUGCUGCAGGAGUUGCGCUCAGGAGCAGGAGGAGGAGGAGGCGGAGCCGGAAUAGCAGAUGGAGACUUCUGGAUCGGUCUGACUCGGGUGGACGGCGAGGACCAUAAAGCUCCCAACGUCGCCACUUCCUGUCCACAGCUCUACAGGUGGACCGAUGGCAGCAUGGCGUCCUUCAGGAACUGGUAUUUCGACGAGCCGUCCUGUGGUGGAGAAUCCUGCGUGGUCAUGUACCACCAGCCGACGGCACUUCGUGGAGUGGGCGGGGCUUACCUCUAUCAGUGGAAUGACGACCGAUGCAACAUGAAGCACAACUUCAUCUGCAAAUAUCCACCGGGUAUCCAGCAUCAUCAUCCUUACACACCUCUUAUUGCUCGACCAAUCACGCUCACUCGUCGACCUGUCUGUCAGGGCGCCAGCUGGGAGAGGAACAUGGCGGCACAGCUGGUGGGCGGGGCACAGAGGCCACACAGGACAGUGCUGGUGAGCUACUUCCUCCUCAGGUCACAUUGGCCGGAACCUCAGGCAUGCUGCUGCUCUACAUCAUCAUUCCCACCAUUCCUCUCAUGCUGCUCAUCCUGGUGGCUGCUGGGAGUUGUUGUUUCCACACACUCAGCAGAAGCCCGUCCCGCACCAAAGUAGCUGUGAGACAAUCCAACCUGUGGAUCUCCAAGGCGCCCAAGGCCAACGCCAUGGAGGUGUGACCGUCAAAGCUGCUGCCGAACACGCUUUAAACCAAUCAAGGGGAAAGGGGCGGAGUCUGUGCUAAUCAAACGUAUGUGACAUGUGAUCUUUAUUGUCCACUAAGAGCC